AUGUCUCUACAGGCAAUCAGUGUCCUCGCUGGUCUUUCAAUUCUGCUCCUCAUUGCCGCUCCAUUUGUGAUUGUUUCUGUGCCAUGCAUUUUGUGCGCCAAAUGCCACCGUGUCUAUCUGCAACGUCGUUUACGGAAACGUCAUGGGGACGGUUUGGUCAAGCCUCAUGCUACCGAACCAUUGAGUAGUUGUCAGUCAGAGGAAUUAUCUCGCCGAGGUCUGGCGGCGACUGCAGCUGUUGAAGCGGAUCCUGCUCACCCGUCCACCAUGGAAACAACAAAGACAACCGUGGUUGCGGAAAAGGUUGACAUUCAUUGGUCUGAUGGUGUUCCGCACAUUACGAUCGAUUCCCACACUACACACAACCCGGAUAUAUCAUCAACUGUUGCGCCCUCUCAAUCUGUUCUGCCCACACUAGAUCCCGUUCACCAGGAAACGACCAUAUGUGUAUUAAAUCCGACGUAG